UCGAUAACAACAUUUUACUCACAAUCUCGCCUCUUGUGUAUACCAGUCUCCACAUAGUCCACCCACCCACUUCAACCCGGGCAACGCCCACCCCUCUUCAGCAAAAUCAAUGGCAGCCUCCAUCCGCAAGAAAUCGGUACAAGGGGGUGCACCCAUUCUGGACAGUAUAGCCAGUACCAUGAAUGGCUCAGCCGCCUCCACGCCAAUGAGCGCUGGUCCCAGUGCUGCAGGCCCACUCUCAGCACCUUUCAUCAUGAACACUCUCCUGAACAGGGGCGCAUCCUCCUCCUCCUCGCUCUACCAACAAUGUUCCAACCUCCGCGCGCGCCUUACACGUCUCUCAGGCUUCUCCCCGUUCUUUACCAUCGCCGCGACUUCCCCUCUCUCCGCACACCCGCGGAAUAGCACCUUCGACGGGCAGUUUGCUAAUCAGCCGAAACGCGACUCGAGCAACCCUGUGAACCAGCUCUGGGAUCUUUUCCGACUGGGUCUACCACUUGUGUACAUUUGGAACCUUGAGCCUCCCUACGGGAGCGAGCCUAUCACCUCCGUCGAUGGGAAUCCAGAGGCACUCGAAAGCGAAAAAUUCAACCUUAACGAGGCGAAGAAGGCGAUCCUCUUCUUCAGCAUGGGUAUCACCAAGCUGAGCAAGACGGGUCAGUGGAAGGGCCCCCCGGGGUUCACUGUCAGUGACCUGCAGGGGGAGGAUACAAACGGGUUCGUCAAGGUCGUACAUGCUGUUUCUCAUCUCCUUGACCUGCUCCCGCCCACCAUUCUCCCACCUGCAGAAGCAGAACCCUCUGCCAGCGCUUCAGGCGCAUCGGACGCUCUCCGAGCCGCCCUCCCAGCCUCCGGGCAACCCUCUGCUGGCCCCUCAGAUGAGCACGAACGGUCACGUAAGCACGUGAUCAACGAGCUCCUAGCGACCGAGAGGAAAUAUGUGCAGGAUUUGGAGAACUUGCAUGAUUACGCGACUGCCCUGGGCCGACAGAAGAUCCUCACCCAGGACACGAUCCAUGAAAUCUUCUCCAGCCUGCGACACAUCCUUGAUCAACAGCGUCGCUUCCUCAUCGAGGUAGAGAAGACCGCCGAGCUGCCCGAUGCCGAGCAAGACUGGGGUGUGGUAUUCACCAGCGCGCAAACCUUGUUUGAAACCUACAUCCCCUACUGCGCCAACUUCAGCAGAGCAGGCGAAAUCGUCCUUAGCGAAAUGGAUCAGCUGAUUCAAUUGCCCGACGCGAAGAUUGACGCGCGGAGCGAGCUCCAAGCUUUCCUUAUUAAGCCUGUGCAGCGCAUUUGUCGCUACCCCUUACUGCUCAAGGAUUUGCUCAAAGCAACACCGCCAUCAAAUCCGCAUCACCAGUCGGUGUCUGAUGGUUUGCAGGCUGCAGUUACCUAUGCCGAGCAUGUGAAUGAGAGCCAGAGGAAGUACGAGAACCAGCAGACAGUGCGGGCUCUCCGCCGGCGUGUGGAAGAUUGGAAGGGGCAUCAUCUAGAUAACUUCGGGGACCUUGUCCUUGAUGAGAUCUUCAUGGUCACCAAGGGUGACCAAGAUAGGGAGUAUCAUGUCUUCCUCUUCGAAAAGAUCAUCCUAUGCUGCAAGGAACAACCAACUAACCCGAAUGGACCCCAGGAUGGAAAGAAAAAGAACGCCCUCACGGGGAAGAACAACUCGCUUCUGCGCAAGGGCGCUGGUACGCCCGGGCCACCCCCACCCCCACCCCCUAAAAACGCGCGCACGACUCCGCUCAGUCUUAAGGGCCGCAUCUAUCUAAGUAAUAUCAUACGAGCUUCUGCUGAUCCCCCUCAAACCGGUGGAUCUGCUUAUGGUGCUUACUCGACCGCCUACCCUCUCAUCAUAACCUGGACCGAUGUGGGCAACACACAAGAAUUCCUCAUCCUCCGCUGUCGCAGCGAGGAGCAGCUGCGCCAGUGGGAAGGCGCGAUUAGCAGGCUUAUCACUGCCCAGCGGGAGAAGCGCGACGUCCGCAGUCGUGGUGCCUCUAUAUCCACCUCCCACGCACCGAUACACGAGCGCGGCUUCAGCGUCGGCGCCGAUGCCCGCCCUCCUACCAUCCCAGCCCCAGGUGGUCACCCAUACAUGCACCAACAACGUCCCACGCGCGCAUUCCCUCCCCCGUCCUCUUCCCAGGCACCCGAUUUCUCAGACCGUGACAGUGACACCAUGACAGCCCAGCCUCGGAGGAGAGAUCACGCAGCAAGUGCUUCCGUCCGCGGGCAGGAACCACCCUUCGUCAUGCCCCAGCGCGCGCGCACGGAAGGCACCAACGGCCCUACCAACACUGCUUGGCGCGAGCAGUACCCAUACGGCGUACCCCCACCUAUGCCGCGUAUGAUGUCGAACAUGUCCACUCAGAGUGCGCAAAGUGAGGCUAGCUUUGGGAACGCGCCUGCUUCCCCGAUGUCGACGAAUGGCCAGCUCCCGCCUUCGAGGCCUGCGAACGGGACCAGCAAUCGGCCACCCAGUCAGAGCAAGAUGCGCACGGUGCAGAACUUUGCCAGCGCUAGCUCGCCUGACGUGCCUGCUGUCAUGAACGUUGUUCCACCGCGCAAAUCCUCUGCAAUGCGUCUCGAUAGCGAGAGCACUGGCAAUCGCAGUAGGAGCGUAUCCACCCCUGCACCGUACGUGCCUCAGCAAAUUCGGGCUCUGCCCCCAGUGCCUGUCCCCCCUCUGGCGAUCAGCACCGGCAACCAGAAGCGUGAGAGUGGGAGCAGCCAAUCAACAGCUGAGGAAGGCACGGACGACUCGGACUCCCCCACCUUCCCCUACCAAAGCCCGGAUACGCCGUUUGGAUCAAACGACAGCUCGCUCCUCGCUACUGCGAACGCGCAGCCGCCGAUGCCCAACAUGCAGUAUAUACGCCCUCAACCGCCGCUCCCUACUCAGAGCGCCCAGGUCGUGCCUAUGGCCGCUGUUUCGCCCCCUCUUCGUGCUACUCGCUCGCAGGUGUUCUCAUCUCGCAGUAACUCGCCUGUCACGCAGAACCUUCCGCCCUUGCCGUCCCCUGAGGUUCCUACGAUCAACAAGCCGAUCAUGGUCAAGGUGUCCUUCAGAUCAGACUUAUUCGCCCUUACUGUGCAGCGCAACAUUGGCCAUCAGGAGCUCAUGAGCAAGCUUCGAAGGAAGAUUGAGCUCUGUGGUGGAGAGUCUCUUGGGCCACUGCGCAUAAAGUACAUGGACGAGGAGGGCGACCUCGUCAGCCUAGGAGGACCGGACGACCUCGCAAUGGCGAUGGAAGUUGCCGGGCAGACCCACCAGAUCAAGUUGUUUGUUCAACAUUGAUCUACCUUUGUGACUCUUUCGAUUUCCCAUUUUCUGGAUCUACGACUCGCGAACGAACCUCGAACCGACUAGCCAAGAAAACAAACCAGAUUGUGUACUAUUACCCGGAUCGAAAGGAUCUCUUGUAUCAACAUACCUCUACGUCAUAUUCUCCCUUGGAGCCCCAGUCCUCUCGAUUUCCCCGCGCCUCGACGCUCUGUGAGCGCGCCUGUAAUAGGCGAGCCAGACGGCGGGGACAUCGGUCGUGUUUACCGAUACUACCACACCUUUGGGGGAACCGUUCCGCAGCGCACCGCAUCCGUAUAUUUGUCUCCUCUCCAUUUUGAUCCGCUUGUUCGUUGUCACAUAGUUUUUGGCUUGCCAUUG